AUGCUGUCAAGCCCUCAAAGAGCUGUGGUACCAUUACAUACCGGACAACUGGCAACAUCACCGAUUUUUAAUCAGAGACGUACUAUUAUUGAAACUGCUGUUCCAGUGCAAUUAAGCCAGUUUCUCAAGCAAUAUUAUGGUUUUGAAGAGGGUGCUGAUUUGUACAUUUUACCUAACAAUCCUAAUAAACUUUUUGUCUUGUGUCGAGGACAAUUGCGAACGGUCGAUUUAUCUACAUGGCAAAUAAGUCAACAGAGUAGUAUUCCUCCGGAAGUUAGCAGUGAUGAUUUGAAAGUAAGUCCAAAGUCGCCUUUGGAAGAUGCAGAAAAGGAUGGACGAGUGGCUCCACCUGCAACACCAGUUACACCACUUCGAACACCUUCGACGCACCUUGUGUAUGAACCAGAAUGGCAUAAAGCAGUUUCUGAUAAAGAACGAGAAGUCCUUCAAAAAGAACGUCGUCGGAUGAGUGCAUAUAAGACUUCACUUUGCAAUGCAUUCCGAGAUACAGGACAAUGUGCAUAUGGUUUUCACUGUCGGUUUGCACAUGGCAUCGACGAAUUACGUGCUGCACCAGGACCCCAUCCCAAAUACAAAACGCGGCUGUGCAAUAAGUUUACAUUAUAUGGUUUAUGCCCAUAUGGCAGUCACUGUCAAUUUAUUCAUUGGCCCCCAUGCGAACAGCAAGAUGAUUCGGUGCAUAUGAACUUCACGGCAAGUCUCGACAGUGGUAGUAAACAUGCAAUGCAUUGUCGGCAUUGUUCAGGUGCAAAACCGAGAUUUUGUGCAAGGAAUGCAUGCUGUGUUAAAGUAGCAGGUUGUAAUCGCUGUGAUUCGUUUUCACAGCAUUAUUUUGGUUCUGGUAACAAUUUGCAGGCCAUUGAAAUGUCAUGCAAUCAUUGCAAUUCAGAAACUGCCCAGAAUUUUUGGUACCACCAUCUACCGCAUACAAGCCAUAUGGCAAGCAGUAAUGCUGACACAACACUGGACAUUAUGCCGAUGGUUGGCUCGAACGAACUGAACUCUGACAUUACUGCAGUGAAUGACUUGUUUAGUACAGUGAGUAUUGGUCAACAUAAUAAUCCAUUCACGCAGUCGUGUUUUCCACGAAUAAAUUUGGAAAACUGUGUUGAAAAAAGUGCAAACGUUAGUGAUAUAUCGUGUCGUGCACCGUAA